CCGCGACCCGGAAGCGAAGCUCCGCCGUAGCAACGGCCGCGGCGCCGCCAUGCAGAGAGAGGAAAAGCAGCUGGAGUUGACCCUGGAGGCACUCAUCAGCCAGGUGGCUGACCUGAAGAACUCCUUGGUCAGUUUUAUCUACAAGCUGGAGAACGAGUAUGACCGACUCACGUGGCCUUCAGUUCUGGACAGCUUUGCAUUGCUCUCAGGACAGCUGAACACCUUGAAUAAAGUGCUAAAGCAUGAGAAAACCCCACUUUUGCGAAACCAGGUUAUCAUACCCCUAGUGCUGUCUCCAGAUCGUGAUGAGGAGAUCAUGCGGCAGACAGAGGGGCGUGUGCCGGUGUUCAGCCAUGAGGUGGUGCCUGACCAUCUUCGAACUAAGCCUGACCCCGAGGUGGAGGAGCAGGAGAAGCAGCUGAUCACAGAUGCAGCUCGAAUCAGCCCUGAUGUGGCACAGAAACAGAUCCAAAGCCUGAACAAAAUGUGCUCAAAUCUCCUGGAGAAAAUCAGCAAGGAGGAGCGUGAAUCUGAAAGCGGAGGUUUACGACAGAACAAGCAGACUUUCAACCCUGCAGAUACCAAUGCUCUGGUAGCAGCUGUAGCCUUUGGGAAGGGACUGUCAAACCGGCGACCCCCUGGCUCGGGGGCAUCUGUCCAGUCAGGUCAACCAGGAGCUGGUGCAAUCAUUGCAGGGGCUUCAGGCAUGCAGCAGGUCCCAAUGUCAGGUGCACCAACCCAGCAGCAGCCAAUGCUGGCAGGAGUGCAGAUGACACAAGCAGGACAACCAGGAAAGAUGCCGAGUGGCAUAAAAACAAACAUCAAAUCUGCCUCAAUGCAUCCAUAUCAGAGAUGAGCUGAGAUGAACCAGACCCAGGGAACAGCAGUUACCAGCAUUGUUCCUGCUGCAGCCACCGCACCUGGGUUCCUUCUAGGACUUCUGAGUCUCUUUACGUACCCCUCACCACAUCCAGGGAACUGGGGAAUGUAAGACCCCUCCCUGGGUUUUAUUUAGUGCUAGGUGGUUUGUGCAGAGCUACUAGCAGCUAUGUCUCCUGGAGAGGAGAACUCCCCCUGUUCAGCCAGAGCAGCGGACUUUACUUCUAGUAUUGACUCAUUUUCUUCAGGUCUGGUUGAGAGGACUCCUGCACUUUCCUGAUACAGAACCUGAAGAGCUGCAUGGGGCACGCUUCUCCUGAUUUCUGUUAGUUGAUUCAGAAAAGACAUUCCUUCUUUACUUUCUCUUGUCAAAUAAAGACCAUUUUCUGUGCACAGUG